AUGACCGCUUCACAUCUCCCCAACAUUCAACGCGGUGGAGCCUGUUCGAAUUGUAGACGGAGGAAGCUGAGAUGCGAUGGUGAUCGUCCCAGCUGUAGCCAAUGUCUGAACAGACCGCCCCGCUCCAAGCAGCCCUGCCAAUUCGAGCAAGAACGCGCCCAUGGCCACCAAACUCCCUCGCAAAUGCAGGGAACUAUCAAAACGCUUCUCAGCAAAGUGCAUGAUUUGGAGCGUUCACGAGUGUCCCCCACUCCGGAACCUGACGAAGCUCAGAUUCUUGACUUCCAGGAGCCCACACCGGAAAUUGCUGCUGAACUCAUAACGGCUUUCCUAGAAAAAUUCGCCCACAGUGGACACUUCUUCCUUGAUCUCACUCGUUUCGCCCAAUCAGCACUUUUACCUCUUCCAUUUGGCCACCCAAGCCGCCCGUCGCCCGCCCUGCUCAGCGUGAUAUAUCUUUGGGGGUCGCUUCUCAGCACUUCUAUCCCACACCACUCAAAUGACAGUACGAAAACCUUUCUAUGUGUCACUCUCCAAAACCUGCCGGCCGACAUUCGCGGUUUUGCGAUCCAUCCCAAGCUCGUCCUCGAGACCAUCCAAGCCGAGAUACUGCUGUCUAUAUACUAUCUGCACAGCGCACUUCCGACUCAGGGCCGAUAUCAUGCAGCAACCGCCGCUUCGUUGGCAAUUAGCGCUGGCUUGCACAUCCUGCGCCGCGUGCCAAUUCCAAACCACUGUCUCUCUAACCCGCAGUUUCCGGUCUCGGAAUCGCUGCUCCCGCCGACGGAGGACCCCAUCGAAGCCGUGGAGCGGAUUGACGCGUUCUGGGCCACGGUCAUUGUGAACAACUGCUGGGUCGCAGUGCAGGGAAGUCCGUCCGCCAUUCCGGGCGACAUGACAGUAGACACACCAUGGCCAGGGGGCAUACUGGUCGGCGCGACAUUAUCCCGAUUUCUAAAAGGACAGGAGACGGAUGGAGAAACAUCUACAUCGUUAGCGUUGUUUUCUAAGGCCUCUGUCCUUCUCGAGCGUGUCUGCUCACUAAAUGCAGGCAGAAUGUUAGAUGAUUCGGUUGUCCGCAGCGCGCUAGAUAAUCGUCUUUCUGCGUUUCAAUCUUCGUUAACUCCUCCGACACCAAUUGCAAGCGAUCGCGCACUUGUUUUCGCCCACGCGUUCUCCGACCUGGCCAUUCUGCGAUUUCACUCGCCACACCUGCGCAAUUCAGAGCAUUCACGCUAUCAAGCGCUGGCGGCAGCUACCAGGAUGGUCUCCGUCGUCUCGCUCGCCACCUGGGGCGACCCUUUGUAUGCACCCAUCUGCUCGGCUGCCUGUGCGGUGUUUCUGGAUGAGCUAGCAUCCCUGCGGAGUACCCAUGCCAACCCGUCGGUGCUGCCCGAGUACCAGCAAACAGAACAGAACCUGAAGUGGACGAUGAACACCAUGAGGAACUUCGCUACAAGUAGCCCCAUAUUCCAGCGCUGUGUCGCUGCGAUGCAGUAA